UUGAUUUGAUGUUUCAUCUUCAUUAAAUGAAGAUCUCAGGUUUUAAAUAAGUACUUUAUUUUAAAAUUUGCCACUAAAAAUGAGACAUACUACGUUAAACUAAGUGUGCUGUUUCUUCAUCUGCCUCUUGGUAGUUUCAAAUUAUCAUUGUUCAAGUCCCUUGAUUGGUAAUAUUUUACUUCAGUUAAAAUGCUAUACAUCUCUUCACUGAUUCAGAAUUACCGUAUUGUCUACAGCACCAAAGGCUUUAAAAGAUUUUUCUCACAAAUUUAUCCCAAUUAUAACUUACAAUAUUAUUGUAAUCCCAAAAAUCAUGAAGAAAUAAAACAAAAUAUCAAAAUACGAAAAGGAGUAGGAGAUGUCGAUAGAGUAAUGCAAUUGUAUAAAAUUAUCACAAAAACUUCUGAGGAUAAUCAUGAAUACGAAAGAAUAAAGCAGGAUUUAUAUGAAGCGCUAAGUAUCUUACCAAAUAAAACCCAUCCUUUUGUAAAAGGAAAGUUUGAACCUCACAUUGCCCAUGAAAUAAAUAAAAAGAAAGAUUUUGGAGAAUACAAGCCUUUUGAAUUCAGUGAAAUAACAAGAUUAUUAAAUUUAAUGAGAAUCGAGAAGCUGGGACACACCUGUGGUCAUAAAAGUUAUUAUUUUUUUGGAGAACUAGCAGAAUUAGAGGAAGCAUUAAUAAAAUACACAGUAAAAAAAUUACUUGAUGACGGUUUUCAACUGAUAUCAGUACCUGACAUCCUUGCUAGUAAUGUUUUGGAGAGCUGUGGCAUGUCUGUAAAAAGCGACAGAACACAGAUUUAUUCACUAGAUCCACACCACCAUGGAACUGACCUUUGUCUUUCUGGAACUGCAGAAAUGUCUCUGGCUGGAUUACUUGCAAACAGUGUACACAAUAUUAAUGAUUUACCCUUGAAACUAGCUGCAGUAAGCAGGUGUUACAGAGCUGAAACUUCUAACUUGGCUGAAGAAAGGGGGAUUUACAGAGUUCAUCAAUUCAAUAAAGUUGAAAUGUUUGUAGUUACUACUUCUGAACAAUCUGAAGAAAUGCUUGAAGUGAUACGGAACACACAAGAACAAAUCUUUACACCACUGGGAAUAUCUGUAAGGGUUUUAGAUAUGCCUCCUUAUGAAUUGGGUGCAGCGGCUUACAGAAAAUAUGACAUGGAGGCAUGGAUGCCUGGACGUCAAGCUUAUGGUGAAAUAUCUAGCUGCAGUAACUGUACUGAUUAUCAAUCAAGAAGAUUGAAUAUUACAUACAAAACAUUAAAUGAUGAAUAUUGCUAUGUCCAUACACUUAAUGGUACUGCAUGUGCCAUUCCAAGAAUGCUUAUAGCGUUGAUUGAGACACAUCAGCAUCCCAAAGGAAAAAUAAUAAUACCUGAAACAAUUCAGAAAUUUAUGAAUGGAAAAAAGUUCAUAAUGAAGAACACUAAAGUGCCUGAACUAAAAUUGUUAAAAAUAAAGAGAUAAAACAUAUUUUAUUGAUUCAAUAUGUUAACA